AUGGCUCCAAUCGUAACUGACAAUAUCAUUAUCCGUCUUGUGUCCAUGGAUGACAAGCCGGUUGCAGAGCUAAUCCGAGACACAAUCAACACUGCCUACAGCUCUCAAAAUAGCUGGACAAGAGAAGGAGAUACUAUUGCUGGAGAUCGUGCCACGACAGAAAUGGUUGAGAGACUGAUUUUAGAACAAGGCAAACCAAACCAUCUUUUGUGUGCGUUUGAUGGCUCUAUUGUUGUUGGCACAGUUAUGGUCCAAUUGGAAGAUAUGAAGCCAAAUGAAGCCGAGAUUCGUAUGGUUGCUGUCCACCCUUCCUACCAAUCAUGUGGAAUGGGCCGUCGGUUGGUUGAUGCCUCUACGGAAUUUAUUCGUUCCUUGGGUCGUGAUGUGAUGUCCAUUCGUGUAUUAGAGAACAGAACUGAUGUUAUGCAGUGGUAUGUUCGUCUUGGAUUUGUGGCAACUGGCGAUCGUAUGAAUGUAUUGGACGAGAGUUUGUUAAAGGUUAAGGGUGUUACAUUCCUCAAGCUGUCAAGAUCAAUCUAA